GCAAAACACACACAAUAUCUUACUCGACCGGCCAACAGGCAACAGCAUCACCACUUCGGCACUCACUGUCCUGCCCGGCUGCCCCAGUGCCCCGACGCUUCCAUGGCUUCUCAUGAAGACCAUCAAUCUCGAGAUUCCCCAAAAGUGCUGCUUUUCAAGCCACCUCCAUCCAUGAAUCUCAUCGGUGAACAACCAUUUACCUCCACCAAGUUCCAGUAUUUGAAGGCCUACGAGUCACCCCUACCUCUCGAUCAGUUCUUGGCCACUCACGCAAAGUCGAUCCAGGCAAUCCUCUCCUCCGGCAGCGUGCCUGUCAACACGGAGAUCCUCCGCCAGCUCCCUAAUGUGCGUGUGGUCGUCACCACCAGCGCCGGCCUAAACCAGAUCGACCUGCCCGAGUGUCGCCGCCGUGGGGUUAUUGUCGCCAAUUCCGGCGAUGUUUAUUCAGCUGACGUGGCGGACGCGGCGGUGGGUUUGCUGAUUUCUGUGUUGAGGAAAAUCACUGUUGCUGGUCGGUAUGUGAAGCAAGGGUUUUGGGCUGCCAGAGGAGAUUAUCCUCUUGGUUCUAAGUUGGGAGGCAAGCGAGUUGGGAUUGUCGGACUAGGAAACAUUGGAUCUCUGGUUGCUAAAAGGCUUGAAGCUUUUGGAUGCCAAAUAUCCUACAACUCCAGGAAUAAAAAGCCAUCUGUCUCCUACCCCUUUUAUCCAGAAGUACGGGAACUUGCAGCUAAUAGCGAUGCCAUUAUUGUUUGCUGUGGAUUGACUGAUCAAACUUAUCACAUGAUUGAUAAGGAAGUAUUAGCCGCUCUGGGGAAGAAUGGAGUAAUCGUUAAUAUUGGUCGUGGUCCUAUAAUUGAUGAGAAGGAAAUGGUGCGGCUUUUGGUGCAAGGAGAGCUUGGAGGUGCUGGUUUGGAUGUGUUUGAGAAUGAGCCUGAUGUUCCUAAGGAGCUCUUUGCAUUGGACAAUGUCGUGAUGACACCACAUAAUGCAGUAUUUACACCGGAAUCUAUGCACGAUGUAGCGAAACAUGUGGUGGGGAAUUUGGAGGCUUUCUUUGCAAAUAGACCAUUACUUUCUCCAUACAUGGAUGACUGAAUGAAUUUGCUGUUUUAUCUGCUCGUCAGUCUAUUCGGCAAGUGCCAUUAUUCUGGUAAUUGGAGAUGAAUUUCUCUUUUGUUUUUAACUAUUGACAAAUAACAAACAUAUUUGAAGAUAGAUAUGUGUCCCCAAUCAUGGAUGGUUAUACCUUAAGAGAGUGUCUACUUCUUUGUUCAUUAUGUAACUCUAUUUAUAAACACAAGAUUGAGAGAA